GUGAGUUUAUAAAUAAAUAAGGUUGACGCAACAGAUUCCGUUAAUCUAUUGCAGGCUUUAGUUAAUUACGGUCAGCACAUACGCCCGAUUUAUAUACAUGCAUAUUUACUGAAACCACAUUUUUUCCGCUAUUCAUCAUGUCUACUCCCCGAAAAGCACCCAAUGAAUCUUCUGAUGCUGCUCCUUCACCGUUUCCCGUACAUAAAACCCCUCGACGAAGAAGCGGUUCCUUUAUAGCGAGGCGAUGUGUUUCUUUAUCUGCCCUACCCACGAAUAAACGACCCCUGUCUGCUACAUUUCGAUCCCCAAUUUUUCAAGAAAAAGUAGGAUCGCACAAUUUCGGAGCCAUUCAAAUUCCGAAGAUGGGUGAUCGGAUAAAGGUUGGUACUCGAGUGGAAGUGAUUGGUAAAGGAGUUUUUGGUCAAGUGGCGUACAUCGGCACUACACUUUUUUCAACUGGGAAAUGGGUUGGAGUUGUAUUAGAUGAACCGAGAGGUAAGAACAAUGGAACUGUACAAGGCAAGACUUACUUCCAAAGUCCCGAAAACCAUGGAAUCUUUGUGCGUCAGUCACAGAUUCGUCUUGCAAGUCAGAUUCAAGCCGUUGACAGCCCAGAAGGAGGUUCUGACACUGCUACAACACCUACAGAUGCCAAGAAGACUGCUCGCAGGUCUGGCCUCAGACCACCCAGCUUUGUUGGAAAAAGUUCUGAAAAUAUUGCUGAAGCUGCAUCACGAUCAAGCUCAAAGGAAACCAGUCCAUCAACCAGUAUGGAGAUGUCCUCCAGUUUCAGUGAGCCCUCACGAAUGCAAACCUCGAUGACCACAAGUCGAGAGAGCACUGGCAUCCCAUCACGCAUGUCUCGAAGCCGAGAAACGACCCCGAGUGAAGAGAAAAGCUUAAGCAUUACUUCCCCAAGUACUCGGACUGUCUCACAGGCGGCAGCUGCUGAUGUUACUGCCAUGAGGACUAUUGCUGAGGACAAGUUCUCUGUACUGCAGAAAGAACAAGAGAAUGCAGGACUGAAAGCCGAGAUCAAAGAUCUGAAUGAAAAACUGGAGACCCUGAAGGUAAAACGUAUUGAGGACAAGGCCAAGCUGAAGGAAUUUGAAAAACUGAAAAUUGAGAUGCAGAUUAUCUCUGAGAAUAAAGUGAAAAUGAAAGAAGUAAACAAUGACUUAAACAGAAAGCUCCAGGCUGCAGAAAAGGAAAGCCGAGAUGUCAGAGCUGAAUAUGACCGGUAUAAAGAAGAAAUGGCUGAUCUUGCUGAAACUGUUGAAAUUGCGACCCUAGACAAGGAAAUGGCUGAAGAAAAGUGUGAAGGUCUCGAACAAGAAUUAGAAGGCUUAAAAGAAAAACUUGAAGAACUUACUUUAGACCACGAUAUUUUAGAAAAUGAAAUCAAGGACAAAGGUAAGAUGAGAGAUUUGUCAAAUGAAGAGAAACAUGAAAACCAGAGGCAAGGGAAACUAAAUGAGAAACUACAAAGUGAAGUGGUUGGACUGAGGAAAGAUAAAGAGAAACAGCUUAAUGAAAUCCUGGAACUGCAGAACCAAACCAUUGAGCUCAAAGAACAGGUGGAUGCUGCUUUGGGUGCAGAAGAAAUGCUUACAACACUCACAGAGAAGAAUCUAAAACUGGAAGAAGUAAUCGAGCAAAUGGAAGAAGAAAAAUCUGAUUUGGAAACCUUACAUGAAAUGAAUGAAGAACUACAAGAAAAUGCUCGAGAAACUGAACUGGAAUUGCGUGAAGAAUUGGACCUCACAAAUGCACGCCUGCUUGAGACUAUAGAUAUGGAACUGAGGAAGCUAGAUGUUGCACAAGCUAAUGUCCAUGUCUCCUUGCUCCAAUCAUUCAUGCCAGACACAUUCUUGAAAACAGGUGACAGUGAUGCUAUCCUUGCUGUAUUACUAGUACCACGAGCAAUCAGUAAAGCUGAGCUGUUGAUCAGCCAUGUCCGAGAUAAGUUUGAUGUCACAGAUACUAUUACUCGAGACGAUGUAUUCAAAACCCAUCGUGGGGCUCAAGUGAGCUAUGCAAAUAAUCUGAUCAUGCUACUUAAUAUCCUAAUUGGAGUUCUCCACCAAUUUGAAAGUGCUUUGAAAACAUGCAGUGUGGAAUUGCUAUUGAAGAUUAGUACUCUGGUACCAGAAAUGGCCAUUCAUGAAAAGGCUCUUGAUUAUUUUAUUGAUAUGUUGAGGAAAGAUCAGCUGGAUGAAACUGUUUCGAUGGAUUUUCUGGAGAAAAGCUUAAAUUACUUCCAGCAACUCUAUAGUGUCCAUCUGGUGAAUGAAAAAGUAAAUUGUACUCAUUUAAUGGCAGACCAAGUGAAACUGGCACUGAGCUCUUGUGAUUCUAUCCAAGUGGAUAUUACUCGCCUUAAGAUGCUUUUGCAGCCUGGUGAAGAGAAGAGUGAAUUUUCUAUAUUGCUGAGAGAUUUAGAGACCUGUAAUAAUGACACUCGAAUGUGUGCAAAAAAGAUACGGAGACGACUUCCUCAAAACGAUGGCAACUCAACUGCCUCACCAUUGAUGUGUCCUAAAGAGAUUCAAAACAUUCUACUGGACUGUGGAAUAAACAUCGUACGUGUAUCAAAAUCCCUGCACCAUGUUGCACUCGGUGCCAUGGUACAGGAAGCUGUACUCUCAAGUUCAAGACAACAAUCCAAAUCAGAUGAUAACGAAGGUGUUAAACCUAAGCAAAUGGAAGAACUCGCCUAUGAAGCUACUGAUAAGGUGUACGGCAAAGAAGAUAGCGGACCUUAUGAGUGUCUCCGGUACUGUUUUGGACAAGAAACAUUGAGCCAGCAACAGCUGAAGGUGAAGGUGACUGAAAAGAAACUGGAGACUGCCACCAAGGAAUAUGAGGAUGAAAGCAAGAAAUUGAAACAACAGCUGGAUGAAGUUCGAUCUCAGUUAGACGAACAACAAAAGCAGUUUGAGAAGAAUGUCAGGAUGAUGCAAGAGGACAUUGAUCACCUGCAAGAGGAUCGGUCGGAGCUGGAAAAGAAGUUCAAAUCUGCCACCCGUAAGCACCUGAUGGAGGGACUCUCUCGCAACAACUCUGCGGGCCCACCACCUGCAAGUCCUACAGUACUCUGCACAUCAUCUACCAAUGUUCAAGAAUCACCAAUGCUGAAACAACAGAUUUCUUCAAUGAAAGAAGCAUUAAAUCAUGUAAUUCAAGAAAACAUCCGUUUAAAGGGUCAGAGACUAAGAGAUCAAAUGAGUCAACUACCAUCCCUUUAUGUGCCUAAAAAACCUACAGGUCUUGCCAAUAAGACAGGUCUCGUCAAGAUUGGGGAACUUCCUGACAAUAUUCCUGGCAAGACAGAACUGAACGAUCUUACAAAGAGAGUUACUCAGCUGUUGAAGGAAGCUAAUCAACUGAGUGCUUGCCCUGUGGUCAUUGACAUCAGUAGCAGAAAGCCUGGUACCAAGCCAGUGUUCUUUCCUUUUAAACAGCUCCAAGUCCAGGUGACCAAUUUUCUGGCAGCAAACAGGACUGGUGGUCAAGUGAGAACAGAUUUUUCAUCUUUCCCAACACCUGAAUAUGCUCGGGUACUAAAAGAGAAAAGCCUGGACAGCCUGGUACUUGGGCGAAUAUCAAUCCCCACUCCUGGCACCCGACCCGAAGUCAUACCCGUCAAUAUCCAACCAUCUCAACUCCACACGAUCCACAACAAACUUAUUACAGUUAAUCCAUGAAGCCAGCCUGUGACAAAACUUAAUCCAUAUACAGAUAUAAGCUUGUAAAUUCCUACAUUUAUUGCAAUAUAUAUAUAUAUUUAAA